AUGUCGCAUGCCAUAUCUGUUGUGCAGAAGAGACAUCCAGAACAGACACAACGAUUUAAUCAUACCAAAGUGUCACGGAUAAAGUAUCUGUACAGAGAUGAUGACUUUUUGGUUGUAGAUAAACCAUAUGACAUGCGAAUCGAUGGAGACGAUAGCCAAAACCCGACAGGUAAAGAUCUCAGCUUUGUAAAAGAAUGGUUAGAUCUUUACUUAAUGUUUACGAUAAUCAAUGCAGUCGCAUCUGUUCUUUAUCAAUACGAUGAAACACUGCCCACCAUUCUACGCAACGUACAUCAGUUAGACCAUGCAACAUCCGGAUGUUAUUGCUUGGCGUUGAAUAAAAAAGCUGCUAGUAUAGCGAGUACAGCGUUUGCUAGAAGGGAAGUAGAGAAGACAUACCUGGCAAUCGUAAGAGGAUGGACAGAAGACAAUAGGUACAUAAUAGACAAACAGAUUGCGUGCGUACCAAAUAACAGAUAUCGCAUGUGCAUUGGCACGCCAGACAGUCCAGGAAGAACGGCUAAGACAGAACUCGUGACGCUACGCCGCGGCUACUUCGAUCGAAGUUAUUUAGUCUCUCCGUCGUCUCCCCUCAAAGUCACCCUAGUUAGUCUGCAUCCCUUUACGGGACGGCGUCAUCAACUACGACUUCAUUGCCAACAUAUAGGGCAUCCUAUUGUAGGUGAUUGGCACUACGAAAAGGAAAUUAUGGACUACACUGACACUUUCAGAAUGAUGUUACACGCAUACAAGUUAGUAAUACCACUCGGGCAAGAACGAAUGUUGUCUGUUGAAUCUGAAAAUCCCUUCGAGUCACUCGUGAAGGACGUGGAUGAUAUAGAGAUAGGUUCAGAAGUUCCAGCACAGUUCGAAGGAACGGAAUGA